AAGAAAGGGAAGGGCCGUGGAAGCUUUGCGAACCCCGACCACCGCCUCAAUGCCUUCUCCUCCCUUCUCCGCCUCCUCUCUCGUCGCCUCGCCCUUCCGAAUCUACUUUUCCCCCGCGUGUCCCUUCGUCCCCGACCUCCCCCUUCGCCCCCUCUCUCUCCCCUCUCCUCGCCUCCUCCUCCGCCGCGCUCCGCCGCUACCCCGUGGCUCCUCGCGGCGGCGCGCGGCCGCAAACUCCGGCGCUCCGCCACCUCCCGGCGGUGACUCCGAUGACCUCUCCGGUUUGCAAGAAAGAAUCUCAAGGGUCCAGGAUAGAGUGAGGAUUUUCUUUGCUGUUCUUUUCUGGAUGUCAUUGUUCUUUUGGGCAAGUGCAUGUGAUGGGAGAGAUAAACCCAGGAACAAGAAAAAGUUCCGAUUUAGAAAGUAACUGGCAAAUUUAGCGAAAGAAAUCAAAGACGACUUUAUGUAUGUAUAAGAAUAGCAGAUAUUCUGGAAAAAAGGAACAUUGUUACGCACAUAAUUUAAUUGAAAUAAUCGUUGUCCAUCUGCUUGAUAGUUUCCAGGUGGUGGAGAUUGGAUGGCUUAAUCGUCGAAAUGUGGUUUGCCAUGCACCCACGAUUGCAUACUAGAUUUAUAAAUUUUUAUUAAUUACUUAGUAUGUCAUUAUACCACUUGUGGCAAUGUUAAUGUGUUUUACAGCUUGUGCAUUGAUCAUAUGAGGCAUCAAUAUUUUAUCCUGUAUUGAUGAUUUGUGGUUACGAUGCAAUCCUCAAGAUAGGUCUUUGAAGCCUGUAAUGCAUCUACUUUGGCGCCCAUGAAAGAAGAUAGAGAUGGUCAGGUUAUCCUUUUGAGUUUUAGUAUGUACUUCAGAUUGGGAUGCUGUUAUGCACAAUGGUUUUGUUUGUGUUAUUUUAUCUGAUCAUUUCUUAUGGGGCUGGGCUCUUAUAACAUGUUAGCUUUCAUUAUCGGGCAGUGUGCAUUUUAUGUUGCAAAACAGUAUGAGAUCAUAAUGAGAUCAUAAUGACACAGAAUAGCAGCAGGUAGUCAGUAAACAUGUGAAGUGGCAGCAAAGCAUUCAAUGGAGAAUGGAUUGCUCGAGAUCUCUCUAAAUGGCAACUUAGCCGCAUUAGUUCUUUUUCUUGUUUACUUUUCAUCUUGAUAUGUCUGCUUCAAUUCUAGUAACUGAUUGGGUAAACUUGAAAUGGAGUACUGUAUAUAUUCUCGGUCUUGGACCCCACUAUAUUCUGUCUCUGUGGUGUUUAUUAUGGAAAGGAAGAUGCUUAGAUAUGAUAAGUCUUGCUAUGGGCUAUCACUGGCCUUCUAUGUUGAAAUCAUGUUACCAAUUAGUACCUCUUUAUAGCCCACUCAAUUCGCGAGUGCGAUCCAAAUGAACUGGUGAGGUCUGGCUCGAUCUUUCGUUCUACAAAGACUUGGAUUUCAUGGAUGCAAAGUAACAUUACUGGCACUUGUGAUUAUGCAAGAUCCUCUUUCAGGGAACACAGAAGCAGCUUCAUCGAGGACACCUGAAUGGGGGCCCCUCUGGAAAUUUGGCCGUACCUUGUCGAUCAGUGAUAUUAAAGGAGCAUGUUUUGUUGAUCAUUGGGAAGAGCUGGUACAUUGAACCACAUUGCUUUGGUGUGGAGGUUCACUUCUUUUAACUGUUUGCUGCAUUUGAAUUUUCCUCAAUUUUUUUUUCUAGGCUGGCGUUUCGUUGGAUCACGCCUCCCGCCUACUGGAUUCCUCCGUCACAAGUUUUGUUCGGAUGGUUGUGAAAGAUUAAGCGGAGCAGAUGUCAGGGAAUAUUAGCUGAUGGAACCAUGCAUGCAUCUCUCUUUUCAUCUCUUUUAAAGGAAUUGAUAUUAAUACUAGUUGGACAUGGACAUACUUGUCUCUUUCUUCAUAUUAAUGCUUCUUAACUUUUAAUA